AUGGCCACUGUUGUCAUUGCCCAGAAGGCUUCCACGCUGGCCUAUGCGCCCAUCGUCCUCGCCCAUGCCUUGAACAACCCCGCCGUCGUCAAGGUCGAGUACAAGAACGUUCCCACCCUCGCCGAGCACAACAACGCCACCGUCGCAUUGACUGCCAACGGAACUACUUUGACCUCUGUCAGCGCUAUCCUCAGAUACAUCGUCCGCUCCCACAAGAACACCCUCUACGGAUCUGAUCCCGCCUCCACCAGCGUCAUGGACGACUUUAUUGACAAGAGCCAGGAUAUCGUCAACAGCUCAGACUUCAAGACCUUGGACGUCAUCUUCCAGCAGUUGAACCACCACUUGACCCUUCGCAGCUACUUUGUCGGCCACAAGCCCUCGGUUGCCGAUAUCGCUAUUUGGGGUGCCCUCAAGGCCAACGCCAUUUUCGCCCGCCAGAUCAAGACCGGAAAGGACCUUGGUACCUACCUCGGCCGCUGGUUCAACCACAUGUCUGCCCAGGCUUUCGUCGAGGCUGCCCUCGUUGAGGUCGCCAAGGCCAACGACAGUGCCAAAGUCGCUAAGGCUGAUCAGGGAUCGUUUGAUAUCAACUUGAUUGACGCCGAGAUGGGCAAGGUUGUGACCCGUUUCCCCCCAGAGCCCUCAGGCUACCUUCACAUUGGUCACGCCAAGGCUGCCCUGUUGAACAAGUACUUUGCCGACCAGUACAAUGGUCGUCUUAUUAUCCGUUUCGACGACACCAACCCCAGCAAGGAGAAGGAGGAGUACGAGCACUCGAUCAAGGAGGACUUGUUGAAGAUUGGCAUCGACUCUUCGGUCGUGUCGUAUACCUCGGACUUUUUUGAUACCAUCUACAAUUAUGCCCUUCAGCUGAUCAAGGAGGGUAAGGCCUACUGUGAUACCACCGGCCAGGAGCAGAUGCGUGCCGAACGCAUGGACGGUAUUGCCUCCCAGUGCCGUGACUUGUCGGUUGAGGAGAACUUGCGUCGUUUUGAGGAGAUGAAGAACGCUACCGAGUUUGGACAGACUUGCUGUCUUCGUGCCAAGAUCUCGGUCGAUAACCUGAACAAGGCUCUCCGUGAUCCCGUCAUCUACCGCUGCAAUCUCAUCCCCCACGCCCGCACUGGCACCCAGUGGAAGAUGUACCCCUUGUACGAUCUUGCCUGCCCCGUCGUCGACUCCCUCGAGGGCGUCACCCAUGCCCUCCGCACGGACGAGUACCACGAUCGCAACCCCCAGUACCAGUGGUUCCUCGACAACCUCGGACUUCGCCAGGUCCACAUCUGGGAGUACUCUCGUCUCUCCUUCGUCUACACCCUCAUGUCGAAGCGUAAGCUCACCUGGUUCGUUGACCAGGGCCGUGUCUCUGGAUGGGAUGACCCUCGCUUCCCUACCAUCCGUGGUAUCCUCCGUCGUGGUCUGACCAUGGAGGCGCUUAAGGCUUAUAUCCUCAUGCAGGGUGCCUCAACCAACUAUAUUACCUUGGAGUGGGAUAAGCUUUGGGCUGUUAACCGCAAGCAGAUCGACCCUAUUGCUCCCCGUCACACUGCUGUCGAUGCUGCCAACAAGGUCAAGGUCAAUGUUGCCGGCGCUGAGGCUUAUACCCUCAAGGAGGUGCCCCGUCAUAAGAAGAAUGAGGCCCUCGGAAACAAGCAGACUGCUUAUGGACCCACUAUCUGGAUGGACCAGGCUGAUUGCAAGGAGCUCGAGGUCAACGAGGAGGUUACUUUGAUGGACUGGGGUAACGCUUUCAUCCGGUCGAUCGAGAAGAACUCAGAGGGAGUUGUCACGUCCGUCAACGCCGAGUUGCACUUGGAGGGAGACUUCAAGAAGACCAAGAAGAAGUUGACCUGGUUGGCCGACGGUGCUGAGCUUGUCAAGGUCGACUUGAUGGAUUACGACUACCUCAUCACCAAGAAGAAGGUCGAGGAGGAGGACGAGCUCAAGGAUCUCUUGACGCCCACGACAGAGUUCAAGACUGAGGCUAUUGCUGAUGGAAAUGUUGCCGAGUUAAACAAGGGUGAUAUCAUACAGUUUGAGCGCAAGGGAUACUACAUUGUUGACGCCGUCGCUACCCCUACCACCGUUGCACGCUUGAUCUUGAUCCCUGAUGGCAAGGUUGCCUCAAUCUCGUCCAAGGCUGCCCCCGUUGCCCAGGCUGAGGUCAGGGACGCCAAGGAUGCCAAGAAGAAGGAGCAGGCGCUUGCCGCCAAGGAUGCCCCCGCCGCCAAGAACGGCGCUCCUGCCGUCUCUGGAAAGAAGGCCAAGGCCGCCGCCCACGCCGCUGCCCAGAAGGCCGCCCCUGCCUGGACCGGCCCCGGUCCCAAGCCCGAGGAGAUUGUUGAGCUCGAGGCCCAGAUCGAUGCUGCUGGUUUGAAGGUCCGUCAGUUGAAGACCGACAAGGCUGAUGCCGAUGCUGUGAAGGUUGCAGUUGAUGAGCUUCUGGAGCUCAAGAAGCAGUUGCCUGUUCGGAUUGAGGCCCUCCAGGCCUUGGCUGCUGCUGCCUCUGCUGCCGCUGAUAACUUCAGCCUGUAA